AAACAGCUUGCUGCAAGCGCGGACAUAUUGAAUAAAGCCUGUGUCAGAGAUUGCAUUUCCACACAAAAAGUGGACAAAUUUGUCUUUGCAUAUAACAAAUAUUCGCAUGUAGGACAAAGGCUACCAGAGGAGUCCGUUCAGCAAUACUACAUCAGCUUCAAAGGAUUUUUUUGCAACAUAUGAAGUUGGUUCAUUCGGACUAUUCAUUUAUGUAAACAUAUAUUCAAUCUUCGCAGCGAAAAGUCUGCUUGGCUCAACGCAAUAUAUAGCAAGUGGAAAUCCAAUGAAGUGUUAAAAGUAGAUCUAAUAUUUCAAAUCAAGUCACGAAGUAAGUAUUGCAGGUUAGUCCGAAUGUCAUAGUUCCAGAUAUGAUUGUUGUUUUCAUAUUAAUCUCUUCAAAUAUAAUAUAACGUCGAAGGCGUUGUCGGUUGCCAUCAUUUGCAUAAUAAAUUGAUCUAGAAUUGUAUGUUCUUUGAUGUUGGCAGAUUCAAGUUUAUCUCAAAAGAAAUGCCUGUAAAAUCAUUUAUCUUUAAAUAGUAUACUCAAUACUUUAAUUUCUGAUGUUUUAUUUGGCAGUGGUGAAGGCAUAGAGCCAGUAUUAAGUCGUGCAACAUAUAUUUUAUAAUAGUUUGACAUCAUGGCUACUGGAUCGCGUUCGGGCAGUGUUAGCAUUGAUGAAUCUGAUGGCCAUGUCGUAGAUUUUUCUGAUAUCCCUAAAGAAGAUUUGAUAGAAGUAAUGAAAGGAGGCGAAGAUGGCCUACAGUUGCUUCAAGAAAAGUUCGUUAGUAUCAAUGAAGUUGUUCGUCGUCUGCAUAGCUCUGUUGCCCGUGGCAUAGAAGGCAACAGUAUUAAAGAACGUAUGGAGGCAUUUGGCUCAAAUUACAUCCCUCCACAGCCACCAAAAACCUUUUUAGAAUUCUUAUUCGAUGCAUUUAAAGAUACACUACUUAUUAUUCUGAUGGUAGCUGGUUUGGUUUCGCUUAUACUUGGAGUGACUGUCGAAGAAGACAAAAGUACGGCAUGGAUUGAAGGUUUCGCCAUAUUUGUCGCUGUCAUUAUUGUUGCUCUCGUUACUGCUGUAAAUGACUAUACGAAAGAACAACAAUUUCGUGGUUUACAAAAUAAAAUUGAGGGUGAACACACGUUUACUGUCAUCAGAAAGGGUGAGUCAUCGUCUAUAUUUAAUGGUGAUAUUGUUGUUGGUGAUAUUUGUCAACUGAAAUAUGGGGAUAUGAUACCUGCAGAUGGGCUUCUCGUUCAAAAUAAUGAUCUCAAAAUUGAUGAAAGUUCACUGACUGGGGAGUCGGAUCUUGUGAAGAAAGGCGAUGCAAAUCCAUUUAUAUUAUCUGGUACAAGGGUGAUGGAAGGCAGUGGUAAAAUGGUAGUCACAGCAGUUGGUAUCAACUCUAGAUCUGGUCAGAUAUUGAAACUGUUGGUUUCUGGUGCAGGUGAAGUGAAUGCUGCUGGUGCUCAACCACCAGCAACAAAACCAACAAAUGGUGAUGCUGAAGAUGGUGAAUUGUUAGAGACGGAUCAAACAGAUAACGAAAAUGAAGACAAAGAAGAAAAAUCAAUCCUUCAAGCAAAGUUAACAAAGCUUGCUGUCCUGAUUGGUUGGUUUGGCCUCGGAGCCGGUAUAUUAACUGUUAUUGUUAUCUGGAUACGAUAUUCCAUUGAAACAUAUCAUGUUGAAGGUGAAUCGUUCCAAAAGAAACAUGUGUCUGAAUAUCUACGAGCAUUUAUUACUGGUGUCACAGUUCUAGUUGUUGCUGUUCCUGAAGGUCUACCAUUAGCGGUGACAAUAUCCCUUGCUUUCUCUGUCAAGAAAAUGUUAUUGGACAAUAAUCUUGUCCGACAUUUAGACGCAUGUGAAACAAUGGGUAAUGCAACAGCCAUUUGUUCUGACAAGACCGGCACACUCACCACAAAUCGUAUGACUGUUGUGCAAAGUUACUUGGCAAGAAAAUUGGAUUGCGUCUUAGAAGCUGACUUCAACUAUGAGCAAAUUCCUGAAACGUUGCGGCGAACUUUGGUGGAAGGCAUUUCAUACAACAGUAGUUAUGCAUCAAGAAUUGAGGUAACAUUCUCUCUUUACUUUGAUAAAAUCACAAACGUGAGUGCUAGUGUAAGUACAGAUGAUUACAUAUUACACAGUUUAUUCACUGAACAUCACAAGCUUAGUAUCUGUUGGGAUACUAAACUCCUCCACUAAUUCCUCCACAGA